AAGAAGCAGCAGCCUGGAGGAGAGCAGCGACGUUGUUGAUUUACAGAAGAAAUUAAUCUCCUUACUUUACCCAACACCAACGUAUUAGAUACACACAUGUUUUAUUCUUAACUACGGUCGCACAGGACGUUUAUAAUCAUAAACGAAAUGGAUAUCGCUGCGUAUUUACAGUGUUUCGAGAACAGCAUGGCCUCGUACACGGGGGACGACCCUCUGGACUCCUGGGACAAGUUUGUCAACUUCCUGGAGCAGAAACUGCCUGCAGGCGGCGGCGGGGGGAUUUCGCUGGUGCUGGACACGCUCGUCCAGAGGUUUCUGAGCGUUGAGCGAUACGCAAACGACGUCCGAUUUGUCAACUACUGCAUCAGAUGUGCCGGUUUCUACUCGGACCCGGUGGCGCUGUACGGCCUGGUGUUCGGCCGGGGCGUGGGUACCAGGGCAGCCGUGCUGUACGUCAACUGGGCCCAGCAGUUUGAGCAGAAAGGGAUGAUGGAGCAGGCGGACGCGGUCUACCAGAAAGCUCUGGAGAACCGGGCCCAGCCGGCCGACGCCGUCCUCCACGAGUACAGGCAGUUCCAGACCAGAACCAGAGGGCAGCCGCAGCCGCCGGUACCGGCAGGAGACCGGGCCCCCUUACAGGACCAGUCCAACUGGAUGUCCUCCCACAGGGAGUCCCCGGAUCAGAACAAGCCGCCUGUGGACCGGGCCCCCGCCCCGCCCCCCAACAAGACGACUGUGAUAGUGUCCCGCUCCGAGACGUCCGGGUCCCUGCCCUCCAGCAGCGGCGCCGGCGCUCCGGCGGUGCCGGGCUACCUGAAGGACGAGCUGGUGUGCCCCGGGUCCGAGUGGAGCUUCGAGGAGGUCCGGGCCCACAAGUACUUCCGCAAGGUCCGGGAGCAGCAGGAGGCGGAGCAGAGGGAGCAGAUGGAGAGCAGGCUGAGGCAGCAGGAGGACGAGGUCUGGAGGAUCCGGAGCAUGGUGGACCAGAUCAACCAGGACCUGGAGAUCUACGGGGCGUCCGCCGGGACCCCUCAGCAGGUCUGGCGUCCCCCCUCCGCCCCCCCGAGCAGCCGCCGCUCCCUGGCCGUGGGAGCCCAGGCCGCGCCGGCUGAUGGGCGGGGCCUGCAGGCGUCUCAUCAUCCCUCCGUCACGCCGGACUGGACCACACACCUGGCACCGGCCGAGGGGACGGCGGCACCGGCCGAGGGGACGGCGGCACCGGCCGAGGGGACGGCGGCACCGGCCGAGGGGACGGCGGCACCGGCCGAGGGGACGGCGGCACCCACGGGUGCAGAGUCGCUCAGCCGGGCCUCGCCGGACCGAGAGGGUCUGGCGCUGCACAGAUCCACCUGCCAGGACGCCAGCCAGGUCCACGAGCGCAGCGCUGUCUGUCGGGAUGGGAGUCGGCUGCUGGAGCCUGACGAGAGGCUGGACGUGACCCAGGGCGGCGCCGCCAACCUGUCCCACGUCACCCCCAACAGCUCGCUGGGCUUCGUCCAGGCCACGCCCUCCCGGGUGCUCCCGUCCCCCACCGUCAACACCAGGGAGGCGCUGGGCGUCAUCAUGGACAUGUUCCAGGCCCCGACCUUCGUGGAGGAGCCGUUCAGCACGUCCCAGCUCCACGCCGCCGGGGGGGACAGCAGGGACGGCGGGCCUGGACCCGCAGGCUGCACUUCCUCGUUACCGAAGCCUCCGGCCGCCACCCCGUUCACCAUCUUCCAGGAUGGCGAUGGGGACAAGGAGAACUGCAGGGCCGCGGCUCCGCCUGCAGCUGGGGAGCCCCGACCCCCCAGACCUCUUGCUGAGGUGGCCGCGGCGAAGGCGGACAGGCCCAACGACACGCCCCCGGAGCUGGCGCCGGACGAGAGCACCAUGUGGGGGGCCCGCUACAACUCUCUGCACUGCCUGGACGCCUGUCCCAACAGCACCACGGACUUCGCCCUGCUGGCCCGCUACGUCUCCACGCCGUCCACGCACAAGGGUGUCUUCUACCAGGACCAAGAGAAUGGUGAUGGCGGCGAUGCCGACGACAACGCUUUCACCAGGUGCCAGACCAAGAAGCUCAGCCCCAUCAUCGAGCAGAGUCCCAGAGACGACGAGGUGUCGAGGCUGGGGGCCAUGGUCCGGUCCUCGGAGAGGCUGGGCACCAUCGUGGGGGAGGGGCACGGCCUCACCUCCUCCUCCCUCACCAUGGCCCAGCCCCCCCCCCACGCUGCCCUGUCCUUCAGGGACCACACCCUGGCCCAGCCGCCCCCCCACGCUGCCCUGUCCUUCAGGGACCACACCCUGGCCCAGCCGCCCCCCCACGCCGCCCUGUCCUUCAGAGACCACACCCUGGGCCCCGCCGGGCCGGGCUGGGAGGUGUACACCAGCCCCGGGGAGCCUCCUCAGACCGCACCCUUCAGGAUUCUGGAGGACUCGGCCGAGCCCCCCCACCCAGAACCAGCGCCGGCUCAGGCCUCCGACGUGCCCAUGAGCCCGGAGUGUCCCCUAAAGGCAGGCUGGUUCCCCGCCGGCAGCCCCGAAGCCCCGGCUGAGGCGGAUCUGGACGCCUUCCUGAGUCCCUGCCGCCCCAGAACCAGAGACCGGACCUCCACCACCACCUGGGACGUGCCCAUGAGUCCGCCGCCGCUUGGUGCCGACGUGCCCAUGAGCCCGCUGCAGCCGCUUAUUAGCACCUUGGACGAGCCCAUGAGGCCCGGCGCUGAUGUCUCCAUGACGACAGGAGUGCUGCAGCUGGUGUCGGACCCCUGGGACGCCGAGCUGAUCGCCCACCUGCUGUCCAGCAUCACCCCCUCCCUCACCGCCCACCCCCGCUGCAUCAGCUGGCAGCGCGGCGUCCCCAGCAUCGGCCCCAAGAUGACCAUCAGCAUGGGAAAGGCGUCUCUCCGCGUUGACGGCCUUCUGGGACGAGGAGCCUUUGGGACGGUUUACCAGGCGACGGACCCCAGCACCUCGGAAAAGAUGGUUCUAAAGGUCCAGAAGCCGGCCAACCCCUGGGAGUUCUACAUCAACACCCAGCUGGACGCCCGGGUGCUGCCCGACCUCCGUCACCUGUACGGCAGCAUCUGCUCCGCCCACCUGUUCCACGACGGCAGCGUGAUGCUGGGCGAGCUCUACAACUAUGGCACGCUGCUGAACGCCGUCAACAUCUACAGGUCCCUGGCCGUCAAGGUGAUGCCCCAGCCGCUCGUCCUCUACUUCACCGUCUGCAUCCUGCACAUGGUGGAGCAGCUGCACGCCGCCGGCAUCGUCCACGCCGACGUCAAGCCCGACAACUUCAUGCUGGGAGACAGGUUCCUGGACAACAGGAGUUUUGAUCCAGACAGCGUGGACCACGGCCUCGUCCUCAUCGACAUGGGCCAGAGCAUCGACAUGCAGCUCUUCCCCCCGGGCACCGCCUUCACCGCCAAGUGUCUGACCUCGGGGUUCCAGUGCACGGAGAUGCUGAGCGGGAAACCGUGGAACUACCAGACUGACUUCUUCGGCAUCGCCGGCACCGUCCACUGCCUGCUGUUCGGGACUUACAUGCAGGUGACCCGGGACGGGGGCGUGUGGAGGUCCAACGGCUCCUUCAGAAGAAACCCCCACAGCGACCUGUGGCAGGAGUUCUUCCACGCGCUGCUCAACGUGCCGGACUGCAGCUCUCCGCCGAGCCUGGGGGGCCUCCGGGCCCGGCUGGCGUCCGUCCUGCAGGACCAAUACAGCAGCCAGCUGCCGGCGCUGAAGAGCCGGCUGGUGGUGCAGCUGCUGGAGAGCUGCCGGGCGCCGCGGCGGUGAGGGACACACCUGCACUGGGACUGGGAUCUGGAGGGUCACUGUUGCUAUGACAACAAACGGAUCCCUGCUUUGUACAUUGGACAUUUUCCUUAGCGAGACGCCUCAGUGCGUCUCUAGUAUUUGGUUUCCACUUUUGAUCUUGGUUGCAUUGAUACCAAUAAAGAUUAAUUCUUGGAAUUCUGACAAAUCCACGUAUAUAUUUACA